ACGGCACUGCAGAAGCAGGCGAGUUCGCGAGUGUAUCGAUUUUGCGAUCGUGUCUCUCGCGACUAGUGCGUCCGUUUCCUUUAGUUUUUAGUGGCCGUGCUCGUCGUACAUGGAUGAAAUCGUGAAUGGGAUUACCCGCUAGGUUGAUUGCACCGUACACCCGCUGACUCGCAACGCCUCGUCAUCCAUCAGCAUGACCAAGGAUAGAUUAGCAGCUUUAGUCGCGGCCCAGUCGGACGAAGAUGACGUGGCGGACGAUGUGGCCGUCAACGUUGGCGGGCAGGAUGACUUCAUGACAGAGUUUUUUGCGGAGGUGGAGGAGAUACGUGAGAUGAUAGAUAGAAUCCAGACAAAUGUCGAGGAUGUCAAGAAGAAACACAGCGCCAUUUUGUCGGCGCCACAAACGGAUGAGAAGGUCAAAAUGGAAUUGGAAGACCUGAUGUCGGACAUCAAGAAAACUGCUAACAAAGUCAGGGCCAAGUUAAAGGUGAUAGAACAGAAUAUCGAGCAGGAAGAGCACACGAAUAAAUCGUCGGCCGAUCUGAGGAUACGCAAGACACAACAUUCAACCUUGUCUAGGAAGUUCGUUGAAGUCAUGUCAGAAUAUAAUCGAACGCAAACCGAUUAUAGGGAACGGUGUAAGGGAAGAAUACAACGACAGCUUGAAAUAACGGGGAGGACGACCACCAAUGAUGAACUCGAAGAAAUGUUGGAGCAAGGAAAUCCAGCGGUAUUUACGCAAGGGAUCAUCAUGGAAACGCAACAAGCAAAACAAACCCUUGCAGACAUUGAGGCACGUCACGCUGAUAUUAUAAAACUUGAAAACUCAAUCAGAGAAUUGCACGACAUGUUCAUGGACAUGGCCAUGUUAGUGGAAAGUCAGGGUGAGAUGAUUGACCGUAUAGAAUAUCACGUUGAACAUGCGGUCGAUUAUGUUCAAACGGCUACGCAGGACACCAAAAAAGCACUCAAGUACCAAAGUAAAGCACGACGGAAGAAGAUCAUGAUCAUGAUUUGCCUUGCCAUACUUUGUGUCGUCUUGGCAACUACCAUCGGUGGAUACUUCGGCCUGUGAACAUCAGAAACAGGAAAAUUCGAAAGGUGAAAAAGGCGAACGUAUUAAUCUGAUGCAAAUAUAUAUAAAAACAAACAAACAAACAAACAAACAAACAGAAGAGGAAGAAGAAGAAGAAAAAAAAAAAAGCUCGUCGCCGGCAGCCAAUCGUACUUCACGCAUAUCGCCCCCGACAAACACUAACUUAACUAAUUAAAACUAACUUAUAACUUGCAACGACAACAAUAAAAAAAAUUAAAAAAAAAAAAAAA